AUGGACCUACACACUUUUACUCUCUUUCCGUAUCAGCCUCUCAAGCUCGACGAGCUAAGACUGCUUCUUGUGGAACCUGGAAACACUGACUUGAUGCGGGUGGAGCUCAAGACUAUUAAAUCCCGCACGUCGCAAAGAUUCUGGGCCUUGUCUUACGUCUGGGGCGCAAGAGAAAACCCCGCCACUAUCCUUCUCAACGACCAGCCAUUCAGCAUCACCAGGAACCUCUACAAUGCUCUGUAUCAGUAUCGCCGUCAUGUGUUCAAUGAUUACGACAGUGAUAAGGCAAUGCUCUGGGUAGAUGCCAUUUCCAUCAAUCAGAAUGAUCAAGUUGAAAAGUCGAUCCAAGUUCCCCGCAUGUCAGAGAUUUACGGCCAGUGUGAGCGUGUGUUAGCGUGGUUGGGCCCGGUUGACAGCGAUGAGGAGACUCAUGUUUGCAGACUGUCCGAGAAGCUGAAGCACUUUCAGGUGCCUACAGAUUUAAUCAGUCAAGACCUGUCUGAAGAUGAGCGCAUCAAAACGUUCAUGAGCUCUGGCCGCUCCGACGAAACAGCAGCAAUUGAGGUCGAAUCCGUUCGGAAGGCUUUAAGGUCUCUCGGUCAUCGCCCAUGGUUCCGACGGAUCUGGAUUCUUCAAGAAGCUGUCCUAGCAAAGAAGCAGCCGAUCUUGCUUUAUGGAGCUUAUGAGUUGGGAUACGAGAUCUUCUUCAAGACUUGGGUCCUGAUACUGAAUCCAUCUGAGGAUGGGCAGCUGCUCUACUCGUUCAUGGCUGAGAACCCAGUCAGGUUCAAAGCUAUCGAGCUGGUGUACAAGAACAUUCUGCAGGCCAGAAGCGAAAAGACUCCAGAAGAAGCAAAAGCUGCUGUGAGUCAGGAAAAGCAGUGCGCUCUUGACAUGGUGAAGCUGUUGAAUGAAACCACAGAGCUAGAAGCUACGGUGGCUCACGAUCGUUUAUAUGCUCUCAUCGGGCUCUUGGCUUGCGAUCCUCUACCUAAGGCACUCCAACCAGACUAUACCCAAUCUUUCGAGGACCUCUGCUACAAGUUUACAAUGUUCAUUCUUGAGCAGACCCAAGAUAUCCGUGUUUUGAACCUGGGAACCGUCGGAAACCUUUCGUCUGUGCCAUCGUGGACACCGGACCUCCGAAACAGCUGGACAGCAAGGUCCAAUUUGACCCCGAGUCCUGGGAAGUGUUUCAACGUUUCUGAGGAUGGCAAGGCUCUUACAAUGCCGGCAAUUGUGCUUAGCCAGUGUGUGUCUGUCAGCAAGCCCGUCACGCCUGAUCCCGAUAAUGGCCUCAUAUCACCAGCAGAGUUCCUGCAAUUUGAUGAGGCUGUCGUUAAAGUGGCGGCAGCUAUCAGAAGAGUUACUCGCAUGGAAGUCAUGACUGAGUGGUUCAAAUUUCAUCUUUCAGACAUAUACACCGAAGAGCGACUAACACAAAACCCGAUCAUCGUGCAGAGAGUAAUGAUGGCUUAUGUAUGCAUGGUACACAAUCAACCGCUCUCAUCACUCGGCACACGAGUCGGAACGAAGGAGCAGUUGGAAGGUGCUUAUGGGAUGAUAAUAGACCCAAUUUUCCAGAAGAGCAUGGUCGGAUGUAGUAACUUUGUGCUACAAGAUGGAACAGCGGGGCAACUCCUUCAUGGUGAUGCGGUGGCAGAAGUUGGGGAUGCAAUCUGCGUAUUACCAGGGCUCCCAACUCUUUUUCUCGUACGAAGAAACGAUGAUGGAAAAUGUAGAAUUGUCGGUCAAGUUUCAAAGUGGGAGAGUAUUGGGGCAAGUUUGCCUGCGGAUCAGCUUGAGAGUUACCGUCACUCAUUUAAAGGAGCUCAUUCGGGAGACGAAACUGAGCAUGGGGUAAGAAUGCUAAGUCUCGUAUAA